AUGCUCUCCGUUUCCCCUGCCGUUCGUAGUCGGUGCGAACCCAGCUUGUUUGCUUCGCACCACCCCGUAGCUGCCGCUGCGUCCUCGUGUGGACGCUCCUUUCAGAGCGAGGGCACGUCUCGCUGGCCCAGCUGUAUCAGUCAGGCUCGCUCUGCCACCGGUGCGCCCGACACCACAGCUUCACCCGCCAGCUCCUUUGCCAUGGAGCUGGAUCGUGCAGAGCCCCCUGUCAAACGGGCCAAACAGCCGGCCCCGGCCAUCGAGCGCCAAGGGACCCUGGGGUUGAAAAGGCGUGCCGACAGCUUGGAUAGUGAUAGCGAACUCUUGGCUUGGAGUGCCUGCCCCACAUCGGACGCCUCCUCAGUUGAUUGGCGUGAGAAGCGCUUCAGGCCUGUGAGCAUGCCGGCACCGCGAUGGCCUCGCACCGCUGCUGGCGCAACACAGGCAGUGCCAAGCGCGAGUGCAGGUGUGGGUUUGGAUACUGCAAUGAACGCUCCGACUGUCAAUACCUUGACCGAGCCGCCCGCCAUCGAGGAGCUCGAUGACCAAUGUGUCGAGCUUGAGGCGGAGCCGUCUUUGUUGAGCAUGUUGCAGCAUCAGACCAUGGACGUUCUUCCCCGUCCCGUCUAUGAAUCCAUGUACGUGCAGUCGAGCUCGCAUGCAGACUUUUCAUGCUUGUCAAUGUCCAUCUGUAUGGCUCAUAUUGCCUGUCGUCGUCGCUUCGAUUACAACUCACGCUGCAUGUGUUUUGCCAUGUGUCACGCACAUUUCUCUUGCGUUGGGGUGUGGUGUAGUAAGCAAGAUAUGCAGCUGCAGCAAGAAUGUUAUGCCCUGGUUCCCUAUGAGUCACGGGCGGCCUUUCUUGCCCGAGCAGCCGACUAUGUCAACCCAGGGGAGGCAAGGCCCUCAUCGAUGGGAGAUGACAACGUAGAUGAAGAGAAUGGCGAAGCUAUUUUGGCAGCUGACUGGUCUUCACGGUCAUCUGGCUCUCCCACCUUUGAGGACGCUGCAGUGGUGGAGCACAUCUUUGCCGACAGUUGUGGCAGCAUGGAGGUGGAUGCAGAGACAUAA